AUGCGCUUCUCAAUCCUCACCGCCGCCGCCGCCGCCUCCAUCUCUGGCGUCCUGGCCGCUCCUCAGGUUUACUUCAACGCCACAAAGACCGGCAACGUCACGCCGUCUACCCCUUCCAUGCCCAAGGUUGCCGUGGCCGCCGCCGCCGCGGCUCCCGCAGCCCCUCAAGCCGCCGCAGUCCCGCGAGUCGGGCAGGCCAAGGAGAUGGUCACGGCGCUCAAGGCCGACGUCGAGGGCGAUCUCGCCGACAUGAAAUCGGGCGACGUCACAAAGAUGAAGAGCAGGAUCAACACCGUCACCACAAAGGUCGAUAGCGUCUCCUCCAUGGUCGCGUCCAUCCUCAAUGACGUCGACCUCGGCGGCCUUUCCGAGCAGGACAAGUCGGCCGUGCUCGGCAUGUUCAAGGAGGCCAAGGACCUCGCGAGCGAAGUCGAGGACAGCAUGGGUUCUAUUAACCCUGAUAACCGCGCCGUUCUCCAACCCGAGCUGGACGUUUUGCGCGUCGACCUGGGCGCCCUCCUCGGGCCCCUCUUGAACGUCCUCUUGGGUCUCCUCGGUGGCCUUCUGGGUGGCGCCAAGCCGGACUCCAACGGCAAGCCCAGCGGCGAAAAGGGUGGUCUGCUCGGCAACCUCCUUGGUGGCCUUUUGGGCGGCCUGGGUCUUGACGGGAUCCUGUAA